AUGUUUUUCCCGGCCAGGUUUUCGCUAUACGCACUUUUUGUGCUUGUGUCGUCGGCAUUGGCCCUCACCACAGCCUCCUGGAGCAAUAAACAGGUUUUGGUGAUGUACGACUCUUCCUUGACUCUGCCUGAGAACGUACCAGCUGAUUUGUUCAAGGUGAACGAGGACUUCAAGCUCUCUUUCGUUGACUACAGUGAUGAGGAAGCCCAGCUCUUCUUGGGUGAGGAUGCCAUUUAUCACCACUUGGUAUUUUUGCCUUCUACAAAACGUACCGCAGCCGCUACCGGUAUUGUGGAUAAGUUCAAGUUGCUUGACUUUUUCAACAAGGGCGGUAACAUCGUGGCAGUGCUGUCUCUGGAGAACAGCUUGCCAGAGAGCGUGAGGUUGUUUUUGAACGAAGCGGGCAUUUACCCUGCUCCUAAGGGCUUUGUCGUGGAUGACCACUUCGACACCGUUUCUGUGGGUGCAGACUCUCUUCUCGAACCUAGAAUUCUCCCUGAUGCCGAGGUUGAUAAGUAUGAUGGUACAGCGGCGUUGGUGGGCAACAAUGCUUUCACAUUUCCUCUUGUCAAGGCACCUAAGACCUCCUACACCGUUAACCCCAAGGAUGCUUCAUUGACUGCGGAAAAGACAUGGACUCUUGGUGAACAGGGCUUCUUGGCCGCCGCCUUCCAGGGCUUGAACAGCGCCAGACUCGCCUGGGUAGGUUCGGAGCAGUUGCUCACUAAGGAGUUGGUAAAGUGGACUUUUCAAGAGAAGGGCGUUUUGAAGUUGCAAUUCGUCGAGCACUACAGAGCUGACGAGCCAGGUCUUUCGAACCGCACUCAGUACAGAAUCAAGAACGAUGUGGUUUACACCGCUGGUGUCUCUGAGUGGAAAGACGGCAAAUGGGUUCCGUAUGUUCCUGCCACCGAAGAUGACGUAUUGCAAUUGUCUUUCAAGAUGUUGGAUCCGUACCACAGGCUCAACUUAACUAUCUUGGGCCCUGGUGCCUCUGAGGAGAACGGCCCCAAUGAUCUCAACAUUUUCUAUGUCAAUUUCACUACCCCAGACCACCACGGUAUGUUCACCUUCGAGUUGGACUACAAGCGCCCAGGCUUGACUUUCAUUGAGGACAGACGCGUGGUUUCUGUGAGGCACUUGGCAAACGAUGAGUACAAGCGCUCAUGGGACAUUCCAAACUCGUGGUUGUACAUGACCAGUUUUGCAGCCGUUGUUAGUGCAUGGUUCUUGUUCGUGAUGAAUUUCAUGUACAUCGGCGAGAAGCGUCCUACGUCAGCCGAGAAAGAGACUACCGAGAAAAAAUAA